AUUUAUCCCUAGAUUUAUCCUGCUGCCGCGACGAUCGAGUGACAAUAUUCUGAUAUUUUUUUCAUUCGUUCUUUGCCUAAUUGAAUAAACGUUUCUCCUGAAACGGGUUGAAACAAUCAGUUGAACUGAAGUUCUCUAAUCGAAGCAAGCCGCUCGCUCGGAUUGAAAAAUGGUCGUUGCCAAGAAGUGGAUCUACGCCAAGGCCUUCUCCGGUUUACCAACGGCGGAAAAUUUUCGGCUCGAAGAAGAAACGCUCGAUGGCGAAUUGAAAGAUAAUGAAUUCCUUGCCGAAGCGAUUUACCUCAGCGUGGAUCCGUACAUGCGACCGUUUAUGACACAGCAUCCGGAGGGUACGGUCAUGAUCGGUGGCCAGGUGGCGAAGGUCUUGGACAGUAAAAAUGCAAAAUUUCCGAAGGGAUCGUACGUGGUGGGUGCCUUCGGGUGGCGUACCCAUUCCGUGUGCAAUCCGGAUGAGGUGGCUGCCGAGUGGAAGCCGUAUCCGUUGCCGGACUUUGCCGGGGAACCACUGUCCCUGGGGAUCGGUGCGCUCGGUAUGCCGGGGCAGACGGCCUUUUUCGGAUUUUUGGAGAUUUGUAACCCGAAGGAAGGCGAAACGGUGGUGGUCAGUGGAGCGGCCGGGGCCGUUGGAUCUCUGGUUGGGCAGAUUGCGAAGAUCAAGGAAUGCAAGGUGAUUGGGAUCGCAGGAACCGACGCCAAGUGUGAGUGGAUCAAGAGCUUGGGAUUCGAUCACGCGAUCAACUACAAAACGGCCGAUGUGGAAGCUGAACUGAAGAAGGCUGCUCCCGAUGGCGUCGAUUGCUACUUUGAUAAUGUCGGGGGUUCAACGGCGGAGAUCGUGCGCAAACAGAUGAAUCUGUUUGGGCGGAUCUCCGUUUGUGGAACCAUUUCGGAUUACAACAGCGAGCCGGCGCAGGUUACGGAUCCGCAGAGGGACUUUGUGUGGAAGCAGUUGAGGCAGGAAGGAUUUAUGGUGUUCCGCUGGAACAACCGGAUGUCGGAGGCUUUUGGGCAGAACCUGCAGUGGAUCAAGGAGGGUAAGCUGAAGUACCGGGAGACGAUCACCGAGGGAUUCGAGAAUAUGCCACAAGCUUUCAUCGGAAUGUUGACCGGCGGAAAUGUCGGAAAGGCAGUUGUUAAAGUCUGAUUGCGCUUUAUUAUCAAAUACAUUUAAGCUGAACUAUUUAA